AUGGUGACCGUGAGAACUCAACCAAGUGGAAGUGUGUGGCAGUUUGAGAAUGAAUGGAGUCUUGGAAACGGUAUUUGCGGUUGUUGUAACGAUCUUGGCACAUGCUGUUAUGCUUAUUGGUGUACACCAUGCUUUCUAUGCAAAUUACACAGCCGAACAAAUGAAUGUUUAUGUACAUGGUGUUUACUAGGAGGUAAUACGGCAUUGAGAACAAAAGUUAGAACUGGAUUUCGAAUAGAAGGUUCGAUUUGUGCACGUGUUCAUCUACUAAAAAUUAGUUGUCACCUAACAAAAAAAGAUGAUAGAAGUGGCACGGAAAUAUCAGCAGGUCUAUGGUUACCUGAACGUUUAGUAGGAAAAGCCGGACGUAUUGAAUGUUUUAUUCAACAUCGCCCUUUCGUAUGGAGUAGAACAUGUGCUGAUUGGUAUUCAAAUUUAAUAUCGGCAAAAUGGUUAUCGGUUUUGACGUUAGUAGUCGGCGUUUUCCUAUUUAGUUGGUUACUAUUUGCUAUUAUAUGGUAUCUAUUAGCGUUUUAUCACGGAGAUUUUCAAGAAAAAGCAUCAUUACAGAAUAAUCAUCGACCAUGUCUGGUUAACACUGGAAAUAGUUUUCUAGCAUUUUUUUUAUUUUCACUCGAAACACAACAUACAAUUGGUUAUGGUUAUCGUCAUAUUAAUGAUGAGUGUAAAGCAAGUGUAAUUCUACUUAUGAUUCAAUCGUGUGUCGGAGUUUUGAUUACAAUUUAUGUUGGUGGAAUUGUGUUUAACAAACUCGCACGACCAAAACAAUCAAUGAGAGUUUUAUCAUUUAGUGAACGUGCAGUGAUCGCACCGAGAGAUGGACAGCUCUGUUUCAUGUUUAAAAUCGGAAACAAUGUAGUUACUCAAUUGACACGUCCAGCUAUUCGUGUGAUCUAUUGUAAAUUACAGAAGACACCUUUAGGGGAUACAACAUCAAUGGAAAACUAUGAUAUGGCCAUAUUACCAUCGAAUACGAAUAUUAUGUUUAUUUGCCCAAUAGUCAUCGAACAUCGUAUUGACAAAAAAAGCCCAUUGUAUCCGAUCACUCCAACAAGAUUGUAUAAUUCUGAAUCAGAUUUAUUUGAAAUUGUUGUUAUUGUUGAAGGAACGAUGGAGUCAACGGGUGACGCGUGUCAAUAUCGUACAAGUUACAAAUCACGUGAAAUUUUGUGGGGUUUCCGUUUUAAACAAACAAAUUAUACAAUCGAAAAUAAUCGACUUAAAUUUAAUAUGUCAUCAUUUGAAGAAUUUGAGCCAGUCGUUAUGGAUAAAUAUAUUUGCAAAGGACCAAAAUUAUAUGCUCCAGAACUUUCAGCAAAAAGAGUCUAUCAGAGACGACGAACAGGUAGACGAGGUCUACGUGCAAAUCGCAUUCAAGAAAAAGAUGCACCUGCUAUCGUAAAUGCAUAA